AUUAAAUAAAAUUCGUAUCAUUUAGUUACUACGAGUUAAAAGUGGUACAUGACCGCCAAGCAACAUGACACUUAGUUUGAUAAAAACAUUUUUCGUGUCUUGCUUUGCAAUAAAUAUUGUAAGUGCUCUGGGUGAUAUAAAAGAUGAAAAAAAAAUCGAAGGUAAGGUUGUAGUUGUUACGGGAGCAGCACGAGGUAUCGGUUAUGCUAUAGCUGAUAACUUUUUGAAAAAUGGUGCAGAAGUCAUAAUUAUACUUGACAUAAAUGUGCAAAAUGGUAUAAAAGCUGCGAAAGAGUUAAAUUGUAAGUACGGCAAUAACACAGCCGAGUUUAUUGAAUGCGAUAUUACUAAAGACUUGGAGAGAGUCUCGAAAAUGAUUUCUUUGAAAUACAAAUACGUCGAUGUACUAGUUAACAAUGCAGGUAUAAUUGAAGAAAAUAAACCAAGGAAACUCUUGUUGACAAACGCUGUAGCUACUAUUGAAUUUUCUCUUAAAUUCAUGGAAAAUAUGAGAAAAGACAAACUAAACGGAAAAGGCGGUACUAUAAUUAACAUAGCGUCAACUGCAGUGCAUUACAUUGAUCCUUUCUUCCCGACAUACAGAGGAACGAAAUUUGCAAUUAUGGGAUUCUCACGAUCUUUAGGGCACGAAUACAACUACAAAAAGAGCGGUGUGAGAGUACUAACUAUAUGUCCGGGAGCAACAAAUACAACACUGGGUUUAAAUAAUAUCAAGGUGAAUAGUGAAGACGCGCCAGCUCUUGCAAAAGAAUAUCAAUAUGUAACUAUACAAUCUCCCGACAAUGUAGGGAAAGGUGCUGUGGAAAUAUUCAAAAACGCUAAAACUGGUACGUCUUGGGAUAUCGAGAAUGAAAAACCUCCUGUGGAGUCGACUGACACGAUAAGAGUUUUAAAAAUUGGUGAAAGCCUUUGAUCUUUUCUUUUAAAUUCGUAUAACGAUAAAUCAAUCUGAUCUGUAGCGGAUAAUUCUUGAAUAAUUCGAACGAUGAUUAAAUACAAAUAAUAUUGAGCAAAAA